AUGGCCUCAUCCUCAACCUUUUUCAUUCUUUUAGGGAUACUGCAAGCUACCAUCCUUUUAAUUUCCGUUGCUAGAACUGUGACAAUGGCAGAUCCAUCGCCAUUGGCGUCCGAAGCCGUAGCUAUGGUAGAAAGUGGGUGGUGGAGUAAUUAUAGCAACAAUGCUUCAGAACGUUGCCAAUGGCCAGGUAUAUCAUGCAACACUGCUGGAAGCAUCAUCCAAAUUGACAUUUCUGAUGCUUCCAAUAUUGAGGUUGGAGAUAGAUUUGGGAAAUUGAAUUUCUCUUCAUUUCCAAAUCUUGUCCUUCUAGAUCUUAGUGAUCAUCAACUUGGUGGAAAUAUCCCGCAUCAGAUAGGUAAACUAUCCGCAUUGCAGCACCUUGACUUGUCCAAUUGUGGUUUAUCCGGUGAGUUACCUCCUUCUCUAGGAAACCUAACCCAAUUAGAAUAUCUUGACAUUUCCUAUAAUGAUAAAAUUAAUGGUUCCAUCCCUCAACAACUAGGGAAUCUAGUGAACCUUGUCACUUUAAACUUGAGUGCCAACAGUCUUGGUGGAAACAUUUCACCGUUUCUUUGGCUAUUGACCAACCUUAGGCAUCUAAUUUUGGAUAGGAAUCAAUUUGAUGAUAGUAUUAAUACAAUCCCUCAAAACUUGUGGAAUUUGAGGGGUCUGGAGACUUUAAGCCUAAGUAGUUGUGGAAUUGUUGGUCCAAUCCCUUCUGCUUUGGGUCAGUUAUUAAAUCUCAAAUAUUUGGAUCUAUCGGAAAACAAAAUUAAUGGAUCUAUUCCAUCUGAAGUUGGAUUCUAUUGGAACCCACCAUUCUUUGAAAAAUUCUUAUCAAACUUGACUAUUUUGCAUCUCUACAACAACAAACUGGGUGGUUCAAUACCCUUUUCCUUGUACCAGUUAACCAAUUUGGAAACUUUGUACCUAGAUAGUAAUCAACUUGAAGGUUCCAUCCCUCAGAAUAUUGAAAAGUUGAAGAACAUCAACUUUUUAAGCAUCACUAAUAAUAGUUUUACUGGUCAUAUUCCCCUGGCUUUGUGUCGUUUGACAAAAUUGGAAUCUAUUUACCUUGAUAAAAAUCAAAUCAGUGGUUCAAUCCCUUCUUGUCUUGGUAAGUUGUUCAACUUGCGCACAUUGUAUCUUGAUUCAAAUCUAUUAGAAGGUCUUAUUCCCAAAGAGAUUGGGAAUAUAGCAAAUUUAACUUCAUUAAGACUCUCCCAAAACAAAUUGAGUGGUUCAAUCCCCUUUCAGAUUGGGAAUUUAGAAGCAUUACGUUUCUUAGACCUCUCUAAGAACAGACUGAUUGGUUCCAUUCCCAUUGAGAUUGAGAAUUUAGCAAAUUUAACUUCAUUAAGCCUCUCCCAAAACAAAUUGAGUGGUUCAAUCCCAUCUUGUAUUGGCAAUUUAUCCAAUUUGUAUAACUUAGAACUUGAUUUAAAUCUAUUAAAAGGUCCUAUCCCUGAAGAAAUUGGUAGGCUUUUUCAACUAUCAAAUUUAAACCUCAGCUUCAACGAACUCUCAGGUAGUGUCCCUAUCUUGUCUGCCACUAAGCUUCGUAUUAUCGAUGCUGGAAAUAACUGUAACAAGAUUUCUCCUGAUCCAUUUGAAGGAAAUAGUCGACUGUCACCCUAUAUGUGUCCUUCUCCAGUAACCAACAAAGCCAACAGCAGUACAAUUCCUUACUAUAUCAAAAUAUUCCUCCCUAUUGCCAUCUUCUCCACAUUCUCCAUUUUGGGAUAUUUUCUAUUUUCACGGUUUAAGCUCAAGAAUAACCGUGUCAGUGUACAACCGACGAAGAAUGGGGAUUUGUGUUCCAUAUGGAACUAUGAUGGAAAGAUGGCAUACGAGGAUAUUGUUGCAGCAACAGAGGAUUUCGACUUUCGAUACUGUAUAGGAGUUGGUGGUUAUGGAAGUGUUUACAGAGCACAACUACCUUGUGGUAAAGUAGUUGCCUUGAAGAAACUUCAUCGUUUAGAAGCUGAAAAUCCAGCCUUUGACAAGAGCUUCAAGAAUGAGAUCAAGUUUCUAACAGAAAUACGACAUCGAAGCAUCGUAAAGCUUCAAGGGUAUUGUCUACACCGACGGUCCAUGUUUUUGAUCUAUGAAUACAUGGAAAAAGGGAGUUUGUUCUGCAACCUAAGAGAUGAAGUGGAAGCAGUGGAAAUGGAUUGGACAAAAAGAGUGGAGAUCAUCAAAGGCAUAGCGCAUGCUUUGUCUUACUUGCACAAUGAUUGCAGCCCUCCAAUAGUUCAUAGAGACAUAUCAAGUAACAAUGUUCUUUUAAACUCGAGCUUUGAGGCCUUUGUAGCUGACUUUGGGACUGCUAAAGUGCUGGAUCUUGAAUCAUCCAAUCGGACCAUUAUUGUGGGCACAUGUGGUUAUGUAGCUCCAGAACUUGCCUAUACGAUGGUUGUCACCGAAAAAUGUGAUGUCUAUAGUUUUGGAGUAGUGGCAUUGGAAACGUUAAUGGGAAAGCAUCCUGAAGAAUUGUUAUCAUGGUUGUCAUCACCAACUUCUUUGGUAAAUAUGAGGCUGAUUGAUGUGCUAGACAACCGUUUACCACUUCCGACAAUCCCAUUAGUUGCACAAAAUCUUGUUCGCAUUGCUACUUUGGCAUUCGCCUGCCUAAAUCCGCAACCUAAGUCUAGACCAACGAUAAAAGAAGUUUGGGAAGAGUUUCUUUAUGGCCAAACAUCCUUGGGAAUUCCCCUUCGAAUGAUCUCUUUGUUACAACUUGUGAACCGUGAAACGCAUAUUGGAGGCAGAACUGAAACUUGUAAUGUUUAA